UUUUUGUUUCCCAUGAAAAAUUCGCCUUUUAUUUAUAUAAAAAAAAACGCAAUUACUUUUUGGCCAACCCAAUAGAUUGAAGGGAAUGAGAGAGAUCAAACUACUUCGAGAUAUUGCAUAAGAAAUGUAAUUAAUUCUGAAGUGCGUUUAUGCUGAGAAAAUUAUAACGGAGGUUUCUGUGCACGUAUGUUUAUGCGAAUUAAUAUUUUAAUUGUAUAAAAUGUUCAUAGAAUGUUAUAUAAUUUUCGAGUGAUUUGCUCUACAAAUUUGCGCAUUUUCUGUAUUUCUACGCAAGCGUGUUUCUUUUCAGAAAUUAUUCUCGGAAUCUUUUCUCUCAUCCAAUGGAGAAACAAGUCUGCACCAACACUCGACACGAUCGUCAUCAUGCCUGUGCGUCGUCCUCCGGACUGAGCUUCCUGGUACGUGAGUCAGGAUCGCCGGAAUCGGCCGGCGGAGGAGACCUUGCGUCGAGGAUGAGCGCCAAGAUAUCGGUGGCCGGCUGCGACGCCGCGGCACAGUCAACGGUGAACCAUCGUGCCGCGAGAUCGUCGCCCGCCAAGAGACCGCUCUCCCCCGAGGCCACUGCCAUCACAGAGAGAUCGCCAAAGCGCACGGCCGUUUUGCCACCGAAAUCGUCCUCGAACGGGAUUUCCGGCCGAUCGUCACCCGAAGAAGCUAGCGAGAUGCCUGUUCUAACGAGAGUUUGCUCCCCUGCAACAUUGCCGAGGCUUAAGAGAUUCCGAUUUCGGCCCAUCGAUGCGUCGACCACAGGAUCGUGCCAUGACGCGGGCAUCACCGACGUGAACUCCAACCACAAUCACCAUCCUCACAACUAUCUUCAUCACGGAUACAAUCAGCACGAGCAUCGGCCCGAAGACCGAGUCCCAUCGUCCUCCUCGAUGUCUACCUUGCUAUGUUGCGAGCCGGUGUCGGCUGGCCGACCACGGGCCAACCUGAAACUCGUGCUGAAUCGCAGCCUGAGCGAGCCGGGACCGAGCCCUUGUGCCUUCCCGGCAUCGCCAACCGCGUCGCCAAUCGCCACCUCCGUUAGCAGCAGCGGCGGUUGCAGCGACAGCGGAAACGGCAGCCUAAGCAGCAACAGCAGCAGCAACGACAACGUUAACGGCAGCCCCAUCCAGAUACCGUCGAUUGUCAUCGACGAGGAGGCGAACGGCGACGACGACGGCGACAGCGGCGACGUCCAUCGCCGUGGCUUUCACCACCUGCAUUACCACCACCAUCAUCAUCACCACCUUCAUCACUUGCACCAUCAUCAACACCUGACGGUGACCACGAAGCGUUGCAAGCUGGAGACCGCCAGCCUGCCCACCAGUCCUUGCGCGGAAAACGGCGGUUUUCAUCGUCAGCUGGUGCUGAGCAGGACUCGCGUCGUCACUUCCGGCGACCUGGCCGAGCGUCUCACGCGUCUCGAGACCUCCCGACCUGGCGCCGUUCCGUCGGUGAUCCUCGACUGCCGACCGUUCAUCCUGUACAACGUGAACCAUGUGCGCGUGCCAUCAACGUGAACUGCUCGGACCGCUUCAACCGACGCAGGCUCCAGCUCGGCAAGGCUACUCUCGCUGAUCUCGUGACGGCUCGUGAGGGCAAGGAGCUGCUCAGGAGGCGACAGUUCAAGGAGGUCAUAGUGUACGACGACUGCACCGACGAUCUAGAGCACCUGCCCGCCAGCAUCCGUUGUUCCUCGUGCUCGCAGCGCUCGUCGACGACGAUUGGGAACCAGCUCUGCUGAUCGGUAAGUACUCUUUGAUCUCUCUCGAUCAUCAUCAUUGGCUAGCAAGGAUAAGCUCAGUCUUGAAUUUGGAUGAAACAGCUGAAGCGAAGCUUCUAGGCGACGUAUCACGAAAAUGGAACGAACGAAGGCUGGUUAUUCCUGUUCGCGAUGAACACUAUUUUAUUCGCAUUUUCCUAACGUUCGAACGAACAGUCGAACCUGUUGGACAUUGGGAAUCAAACUGUUUCAGCUCGAACGUUUCAUUUUGAUCUGCCGGAACACAGACUGAUCGCAGUUUGACUCGUUUGCUGCUUUUGUUGGAAUUCUAGUUCAUGAAUAAUUGAUUCUCUUGGCCUUAAGGGGAUCCUGGAGUGGCCAGUGAACUCCGUCGCGGCGUCUGAAUUACCGGCGGAAUCGAUGAUUUUCCUG